UUUUUUUUUAACAGACAUCAGAGUUUACCAGCUACAUUCAUCACCAGAUAUUAAGCAACUUAAAAUCACCAUUAUUUUAUAUACAUAGUAUAUGACUUACGUCCACACUUACGUGUUUCAUCCUGUAUAUCUGUUCGUAAACAGGGUAGGUAUCUACUCUAGACCUGCAUCUUAGGAAGCUAGGCUUUGUCAUUAUUUUUUAUUGCUAUAAAAAACACACCAAACAAACACCAACGAUGAGUAGAGCAUAACUAAGAUAUCAAUCACCGACGUCUAUUUACACGAAGAAAUGGAGCCCGAACCAGAGCCCAAGAAACAGCAAAGUCCCAGGAGACAAACGCCAGGUCGUAGCCCACCACGAACCUUCAGAGAGCGCCUGUUUCACGCCCUACCAGACUAUGCUGGCCCGUACAGCGUGGGCAUGAUGGAAAUAGAAGUGCCGGUACGCAAGCCCCGAACGUUUUCGCACAUUAAACGCAACCAUAUGCAUGCAUUGCGAAUGGACACAGUCCUUUGUGCAAUAUACUACCCCUGCGAUGCUCCGUCCCAUUCCACGGAAAAGGGGAGGAAGCCAUCUAAAGCCACGUGGUUACCGAGACCCCGGGCUUUGACUAGCAAAGGAUACGCGCAGUUUUUCAGUAUACCACAUUUGCCAAUUACCGCGUAUAUCGCGGCCACCACUAUGUUCACCAAGCUUCCAGCUUUCCGAAAUGCCAAGCUUGCCGACCACUGCCCUGACGCUACACCUCGCGCAUCUCUAAGCACUCCAAGUCAAGAUACUUUGACGGAAAGUAGGCACGGGAGGUCCAGGUUUCCUGUCAUUUUCUUCAGCCAUGGGCUAGGAGGAUCUCGGACUUGUUAUAGUGCAGUAUGUGGGGAACUGGCCAGCAAUGGUUUCGUAGUUAUUGCAAUGGAGCACCGAGAUGGUAGCGGUGCGCGCUCUUAUGUCAACAUACCACAAGGUCACAAUAUAGCAUAUGAUCAGAAUGCUGGCAACUCAAAACCUAUGCGCCAUUAUGAAGUCGAUUACAUCUUCCCUCGAGGUAAUGAUUAUGACACAUCACCCAACAAUGCCCAGGGCGUGGAUAUUGAAUUAAGGCACGCACAGAUUGAAAUGCGCAUGGCAGAGAUCGAAGAGGCUUAUUAUGUCCUGGAGCUCCUAAAUAACGGCCAAGGGGAGUUGGUCUAUAAGAAUAAUCUCAGAAAAAAAGGCAACGCAGGAUCGAGCUCUAAGGGGUUAGAGGAUAUAAAUUGGUCAGACUGGGAGGGUGGGAUUUUCUUGCAAAAUGUCACAGCAAUGGGCCAUUCUUUUGGUGGAGCGGCGACGGCCCAGAUCAUUCGUGAAAAAGAACGUUUUUCGUACAUUGGCCAAGGCAUAUUGCUCGAUGCGUGGGGUCAGGCAAUACCGGAGGUGGAAUCGGUAGCCCAUCAACCCCUUAACAAGCCUCUCCUAGCUGUCAAUUCUGAAGCGUUCAUGCAUUGGCCUGAAAACUUCAAGAGGCUGAGUGACUUCAUAGGAGAGGCAAAAGAUGCAGGGGCUCUCUGUUGGAUGUUGACCAUCAAAGGCUCGACACAUUUAUCCCAAACUGAUUUCGCCAUAUUGUAUCCACACUGGAUGUCAUUUUUUAUGAAAACAAUGGUAAAUCCACGACGAGCGGUAUACCUGACGGUGAAUUCAUGCUUGGAGUUUUUGAACCGAGUCUUGCCUGCCAAGGUAGCAGUUAGAAACUGUUGGAUUGAUGAAGGGAUUCUGAAUACAGGUGUGGUUACUGCAGACGAGCUACCACGGAAAUAUCGGCCUAAUGAAAAGUGGGUAGCUUCUCGUCUCCGAAUACCCAGUGAGCUACGGCUCCGGAUUACCCAUUGGCUUGGAAGAUCCCGGCUUAGAAGAACCCCCCCAAAAACAGCAGUGGCCACCGAUAUUAAUGGAAAGCCAUUAACAGCUUUGGUUCAUUUUGCGCCUGGAAGUGAGGUAUGGAUGCAUAUCGAACCAAGCAGGAACAACUCCAACGCCACCCCUAACUAGCCCUACCUACCUAAACAUAUGCAGCAGAGAACCAAUGUAGCACUCUUCCUGCGGGCUUCGUGAUGUCCUGCCUUUCCGUGUCUGGACUCCGAUGGAGACUACAUAUAUGUACAUAAUAAUGCUCAAUGUACAUGUAAUGUACCGGAUGCUUCGGAAGCUUCUUUUAGCGAGUAAACAUACAAACAAGUAUCCAUGGAUGUAUUGUAGGCAGCAUGCGACUUGAUAGAUCCUGCGUUGAACCAAUACACACGGCUUACAUUGGUGGCGAAGCCAGCAAGGAAACUCAGUCCUGGGAGGCGUGAUUGUUACACGGCAUCUUUUAAUAAGGCCAGUCUAGCUCUGUGUUUGGUGGACAAUCCAUAAGCGUGCAGCAUUAGCAUCAAAUAGCUCCCUUUGCUUAAGCCGUUGGCAAGGAUAAUGCCGAUAGUAGCCCACGAAGUCAGGCCCCUAAGAAUAGAAAUACGAGUUGAGGCUCCAGAGCAAUAAAGAGAUUUCAACGCCUCAACCUGUAGCUCUCGCCCGUAGCUCGAAUCAAGGGCGGGAAUGCAGGAUCUGCUGGGAAUUUCGCCGGGUAAGCUCGUUGCUCAUUCACUCUUCGACACUACCUACCUAUAAUGUACAGCACAAUCCACAAGCUCGAAAACAAUUGAGUGCCCAGGUGUCAUCAGAUAUCGCCCCAUAUGUACCUAGAAAUGGUUCGAUGCAAUGA